AACUUCCGGUGCACGUGUUUACCAUAAUCAUGAUGUUCAUCAAGUGACAACAACUAAAACUAUGACACAGCUGAAAGAAAAUUUUGCUGUAGAAACAAAGCAUGAGCCAUUUUUCACAGGAGGAAAAAUUUAUAUUUCUAACAAUGGCACAUACAUGUUUUGUGGAUGUGGGAACAAGAUUCACAUAUUGGAGGUAGAAUCAGGCCAAACCAAAUUCACAUUAUCUCAGGAAGAAGAUGAAGAAAUAACCCAUUUCUGUCUAUCUCCAAAUAAUGAGUAUAUAGUUGUAGCCACAAAACACCUGGUUUUGAGACAGUGGAACUGGAAAGAUCAGGUCCUGGUCAGGUCAUGGAAGGCUAUUCAUAUAUCCGCUGUCCUGGCAAUGGACUUUGACAUGUCCUCCACCUUGUUAGCAACAGGAAGCUCUGACACUACCAUUAAACUGUGGGACAUUGACAAGCAAUACUGUACACACAACCUCAAAGGUCAUACUGGGGUCAUAAGCAUGGUGAAAUUUCACCCAGACAAUGAAAAACUACAGCUGUUUUCUGCUGCUGAUGAUUACAAGGUCAAGGUUUGGGAUCUAAGGACAAGCAAAUGUCUGGUGACUGUGGAGGCCCACUUCAGUGUUGUCACAAGCAUGGUCUUCUCACCAGAUGGAACCACAAUGUACAGUGGAGGCAGGGAUCGCAUUAUUUCUGUUUGGAAUUUAGAGGAACUGAAAGUCAUCAAGGCUAUACCUGUGUUUGAGAGUGUUGAGGCAGUAAUCUUGCUGCCCCCAGACCGGGAAUUCCCUGACCUUGAAGUCACCGACUCAGGAGUUCCACACAUUAUAACAGCUGGCAGUAAAGGGACUUUGCGAGUUUGGAAUAUUGAAAAAUCCAAGUGUGUACAUGUAAGGAAGGAACUGAUUGGUCGAGCUGUGAACAAUGACCAGGAUGAUCAGAACAUUACUCAGGCACUGUACAGUGAUGCAUUACAGAGUGUUGCCGUAGUUACUUUUGACAACAAUAUCACAUUGUGUAGCCUGGAGGAUCUGUCUGUCAAGAAACAGUUUUGUGGUAACACAGACCAGGUAUUGGAUGUCCAGUUUUUAGGAGCAAAGGAUACUCACCUGGCAGUGGCCACAAACAGCGAGCACUUGAAGGUGUUUGAGAUUUCCUCCUGGAAUUGUCAGCUUUGUUCAGGGCACACGGACAUCAUAUUGGGAGUCACUGUCAACAAGAAGAAAAACUUGCUGGCGACAUGUUCCAAGGAUAAUACAGUGAGGGUGUGGAGAUUUGACCCAGAAUCCGGACAUGUCACCUGUAUUGGGGUGGGCCAUGGUCACACACAUAUUGUGAGCACUGUAGCAAUGGCAAGUGUAUCAGCUGGCUGGAUCGUAAGUGGAGGACAAGAUUUUACCCUGAAGAAAUGGAAGCUGCCCCAGUCACUGGAGGGGUCCUGUACUGAUCUGAGGUGUACUCAUACAGAAAGAGUCCAUGAAAAAGAUAUAAACUGUGUGGUGGUGUCCCCUAACGACAGAUACAUAGCAACAGGGUCACAUGACAGAACAGCCAAGCUGUGGGAUGCUGAAUCCUUUGCUCUAGUCGGCGUAAUGAGAGGCCACAAAAGAGGAAUUUGGUGUGUCCAGUUUUCACCUGUAGACCAGUGCAUUGCCACUUCUUCAGGAGAUGGAACCAUUAAAAUCUGGUCUAUACAGGGCUUAGAAUGUGUUAAGACCUUUGAAGGACACGACAGUGCAGUGCUGAGAGUGACCUUCAUCAACAGAGGAAUGCAACUUCUCUCUUGUGGCUCUGAUGGCCUUAUGAAGAUCUGGGUGAUAAAAACCAGUACCUGUGUCUCAACAAUGGAUGAACAUGAGGAUAAAAUCUGGUCCAUUACUGUCAAUAAAGAGGAGGAUCACGUAGUAACAGGGGGAGCGGACUCCAGUAUUAUACUAUGGAAAGAUGUAACUGGAGAAGAGGUGCAGAAGAAACAAACAGAGAGAGAGGAAUUUAUACUUAAAGAGCAAGAGUUGAGUAAUUUGCUCCAUCAGAAGAAGUACUUGAAGGCUAUAGGUCUGGCGAUCACCCUAGAACAACCCUUUAGAGUUCUCAGUAUUAUUAAAGAAAUUCUUUAUAAUCCUAAUGGAAAAACAGAACUGGAGACAACUCUUCAAAAACUGAGGCUUGAUCAAAUAGAUUCGGUUUUGCGGUUUGCCAGUGAAUGGAAUACAAACAGCAGACAUUGUCAUGAGGCUCAGUUUGUCCUCCAUACAGUCCUGAGGACAUACCCUCCAGAGGAAAUCCUCAAGUUUUCUAACAUCAAGUCUACCAUGGAAGCUCUCAUACCAUACACAGAGCGCCACUUCCAGAGGAUGAACCGCCUAUUACAACAGGCCAUGUUCCUCGAGUUUACCUGGGGAUGUAUGAGGAGGGCAACGGAAAAAGCAAGGCCAAUGGAGGAUUUAGAGCAUAUCACAUCAGAAGGACAAGAUUGUAUGCUGAUUACAGAGUCAGCAAAGAUACCAGAGGAGGAGAGGGGAGAUAAAUCAUCAUCAGAGAGUGAUUUAGAGAGUGAUAAAUCAGAUUCAGCAAAUUCAGAAGAGGAUUCAGAAGGAGAAUCCAUGGAGAAAAAAAUCAAGGAACAAGAGUCUAGUGAUUCAAACAGUUGUGAAUCUGACAUUGAGAAUACGACACCAUCAGCUCUGAUGAAUGAGCCACAAGAAACUGACAAGACAUCUGAGAAAAGGGAGGAGUCACAGGUGACAGACACAUCAUUACAGAAAAGGGAGAAGUCACAGGUGACAGGCACAUCAUUACAGAAAAGGGUGGAGUCAAAUACAGCUUCAUCAAGUGACUCCGAUUCGGAAAAUGAAUCUUCUGAAUCCAGUGUGGAUGUCCCUCCAGUUACAUCCAUUCAAACAACAGAGGGAGAUAGUAAUUUAGCACAAGAGACAUUCCAAGUCAACACGAGGUUGAGAAGAUCACAGCAGAUACUGGUAAAUAGUGCAAAACAGAACACAACAAUAAAAGAAGUCCAGCAAACCAUGAGGGUCAAAUCAAGUAGGAAGAGGUCACAGCAGGUGGAGCGUGACGAAGAGGAACAGAUGGAAACUAGACAGAAAUAUGUGAAGAAACCAGAGAGGGGACAGAGAACCAGUCAAACUGUGAAACCUGAACUUGUAACAAACAGUGCCAAAAAGUUAAAACAACCACUCACAAGGUCCAAAUUACUAAAACAAAAAGGGAGAUAACUGAGCUUAAUGGGCUUUAUUUUUACCAUAAUGUUUUUUUUAAACUACGGUAUGUUAUGAAUAUUAUAGGUACAGGUAUCAAAUUUUAUCCAUGUACCAGUACAUAUUUGUUUUGGAAUUAUGCAUUUCUAAAAAGAUGUACAGUAAAACUUGGAUAUAUAGAAAAGUCCUGUGAAUUUAUUUAACUAUGUACAUAAUUUCUUAUACCAACAAAUUACAAAAAAUUUGCAAUAUACAUGUUUCCUUUAAGUAUGACUACUGAAUAUGUAUUAAAUUCAAGACUUACCCUGGAGUACAAAACUUUUCACAUGAAUAUAGGUAUAGGUAUAAAUAUUUAUGAAAAUAAUAUCAGUUCAGUAUUUUAAAUUUUGAGGUCUUAAAAAUUUGCUAAAAAGAUGUAAAUUUCAUUGUUUUUAACUUCUACAAGACAAAAAAUCAGUUUGCUAAAUCCGUAAAUUUGCUAUAUCAGAGUUCACUAUAACUGUAAAAUUUACAAAGAAUUCUUUAAAAAAAAUUUUGGGGAUUCAGAAAUAUUCACUUAAUCUGUAAUUUUGCUACAUCCAUGUUUGUAUUGAGGGAUUUUUACUGUACAUGAUAUUACACAUAUAAUGAAACAACUUGAAGUUGAUUAAAUUUGUUAAGUUUGUUAUGUUAAUGUAUACACUCAAAGUAAAAAUACAUGUGUACCUCAA